CUGAUGCAGUACAGUGUUGUGCGUUCAAUCAAACCGCAUGCGUAGUAAAACUUAUCAAAUAAACAAUGGAUAUUUCAUGGACUGUUUUGCUGGCUAUAAUAAUCGGUUUGAUUCUUAUAAAAUACAUAUUUUUUGCCAAAGACCCACAUUUCAAAAAAUAUGGGAUCCCAUACAUAGAACCGCAUUCAAUUCUCUAUGAUGUUGGUCAGGUAUUACUGAAAAAAAUAUCAAUCGUCAAUCAAACAAUGAAAACAUACAAUCAUGACACUUCUGCUAAAUAUAUUGGAUUCUAUGAAUUCACCAAACCCAUUAUAAUGAUUCGUGAUUUGGAUAUUUUAAAAAAUAUAACAGUGAAGAAUUUCGAACACUUUGUGGAUCAUCGGAGUUUUACAGACCCUGAAGCUGAGCCUUUGUUCAGCAACAAUCUGUUUUCUUUGAAAGGUGAUCAAUGGCGAGAAAUUCGGAAUCUGUUGACUCCUGCGUUUACAUCCAGCAAAAUGAGAGCCAUGUUCAAGUUGAUGUCCGAGUGUGCUAAUAAUUUUACUGACUUUUUGGUAGAGGAAUCGCGAAAAGGAUCCACGGAAUUUAAUUCCAAGGAUAUUUUCACCCGCUACACUAAUGAUACAAUUGCUACAUGUGCUUUUGGUAUUUCUGUUGACUCAAUGAAGAAUCCCAAAAAUGAAUUUUAUGUUCUUGGAAGAAGAGUUACUAAUUUCGAGGGUAUUCAAAUGCUCAAGUUCGUUUUCGCAAUGACUUUUCCGAAAUUAACGAAAUUACUUGGUAUCAAAUUGUUCGACAAAGCUGCAGAUUCAUUUUUUUUGAACCUGGUGCGAGAUACAAUUGCAGCAAGAGACGAAAAAGGUAUUUAUCGACCAGAUAUGAUACAGCUGAUGAUGGAAACAAGGAACCAUGAGCCAGGGUCCAAGAAACCUGAAUUAACUAUAGAAAAUAUGACAUCCCAAGCAUUCAUAUUUUUCUUCGCGGGUUUCGACACUACGUCAACGUUAAUGUGUUUCGCUGCCCAUGAAGUUGCUGCCAAUUCUGACGUUCAAACAGAAUUGCAAGCGGAAAUAGACGAAGUGCUGGAGAAAUGUAACGGAGAACCGACUUACGAAGCUAUCACCGGUAUGCAGUAUCUUGAAGCUGUAAUAUACGAAGCAUUGCGGCUGUACCCAGUGGUAGUUGCAGUAGAUCGCGUGUGUACCAAGAACUUCGAACUCCCUCCCGCUGUACCUGGAGCUAAGCCGUAUACUCUCGAAACCGGAAGCGCUGUUUUACUUCCAAUGUGGGCGAUUCACAGGAACCCAGAACAUUAUCCCGAGCCAGAAAAAUUUGAUCCGAACCGAUUUCUGGGAGAAGGAAAGAAAAAUAUCAACACAUCUGCCUAUUUUCCAUUUGGAGUCGGACCUCGAAUGUGUAUCGGAAACCGAUUCGCACUUUUGGAAACUAAAGUCCUACUCUUCCAACUUUUAGCCAAGUGCAAUAUCAAACCAGCGAAAAAAAUGAUUCUGCCAAUGAGAAUCAAUUCCUCUUCCGUUGCCGUGACCGCAGAAGGUGGAUUUUGGCUUGAAAUUCACCCAAGAAAAAUUGAUAAAUAAUGUAAAUUUCUAUGUUUAUAUCUAUGUAUGUAAAUCGAAGCUAUUAAUAAAAAAAAAAUCUUGCUGUUGUUUUU